UUAUCAUUAUUUCUUGGUAAUCGAGCUGUCAAUCUAGGUGUCACAUCCUAAUAUCUUGAUGUAUUUAUUAAUGUAAUUAAGUUAGUUACAAAAUAAAUUCUAAGAAGAAGAUCCUAUUUUGCAUUAAUAUGAUCAAAACAAUAAACCACAUGCUUUAUACUUUGGUAAUGAUUUAGACUUAAGCAAAUCAUUAAAUAGAAUCAAUAUGAAUUCUUUAAAAUAAGAAACCAAUGAUGUGUAAGUUGUUGAUCAAUAAGAUGAAGAUGAACCAUAAAUUAUAAAAUUAACUUAAAAAUAUUUACAUGAAAUGAAGAUAGAAUCGAAACAAAUUGUCAAUUAUAAAAAGAACUUUGAGAAUGAAAAUGACAUUUUUACAACAAAUGUAGAUUCUGUGUAACUGGAACAGUUUUCAGACAAUAUUUAAACACAAUUGGAAAAAGCAGAUUAGUGUGAAGGUUUUGAAUUAACAGUUGAUUGUGAAACUUGUUAUGGGGAGAUUGGAUUAAAGGUAAUAGAUUAAUUGAACGAUCUUUAAGGAAAUAGUAAAAGUCCAAAAUUAGUAAUUUCUAUUUUGGAUCAAUAUAAUAACACAAAAAAUAGAAUUAUCAAUAGGUAAAAAAUUAUGUUUAUUAAUAAUCUAGAUCAUUAACUUUAUCAAGAUUUUAGGAAAAUUCAACGAUAUUGGUUCCUCUUGAAUUGAAGGAAAUGUAAAUUAAUUCAAAUAAAUUGGAAAUAAAUUAAUAGUAUUCGUUCCUUAUGAACAACAUACUCUCACCUUAUAAAUGUUCUUAAGAAUUUGUAAGCAUGCAUGAAUUUAUUAAACGAAUUACACCUGCACCUUAAAAUAAUAUAUUUAAUAUUUUGGCUUCGAUUCCCUCACUUUAAGAUAAACCAGAGGAUAACAUACUAAAUUAUAAAUAAAUAAAGACAUUGGAUAAGUUUUAUAUUUCAUAAGAAAUCAUAAAUUUGAAUUCUGAGAGGGAAUCAUUUGGAGAAUCAUAUUUUUUAAGAGGUAUUUCACCAUUUCCAAAUGAAAGAAAUCUAAAGUCAUAUGGAGUUGACAUAAGAAUUUUAGAUUAUAUUUAUUAAGUGCCUUAAUUAUAUGAUUAAAUAGAUGUGUUACCAUUUCAUAGUUGUAUUUUUAGUAAUGAAAGCUAUAAGUUUACUUUACUAAAAUUAUACAAUGAAUUAAAUAGUAUUAAGAAAAUGGGAUUUUUGUAAUAUGAAAAAUCAUCAUUAGAAGAUGAGUAGUAAUUGAAAUAUGAUUUAUUUUAAUUAAUUGAGAAUUAUGGGGGAGUUAAUGAGGAGGAAUAAUUAUGA